AACCUCACCUCCUCAACUGAACAUGAAUUUCCUCACCCACUCAUUUGGUGCCGACAUCUGGACCGAUUUCGAAUACACUGAUAUCGUUGAUGUCUGGGACGGAUAAUCUGUGAUGGGAGAAGCUGUUUGGCUCUCAGCUGUUCAGAUGAUGCAGGCCCUUUCAAACGAUGUCCUGUGAGCGACUGAAAGCGGUUCACAAAUUCAAAGGUCUCUUCCGCUCACGGUCGAGAUCCACGGCUUCGGAUAAGAGUACAGAGAGUCAAGGUACUUCUAAUGACAAUGUCCCAUCACGGACGGAUGACGCUGUCAGUCCCGCGCCUGUGAUACCGACGACUGCCUCGACAGACACUACAGCCGCCGAGCCUGACGAGAGCAAGAAAGCUUCAUCAGAAGCCUCUCCUCCUGAAACGGAUAUCUGGAAGCUAGCCUACGAACGUCUUACCAAAGAAAAGCCAAGCCUCGUCGAGCAUUAUGAACAGAUUCUCGCCCAAGAAGAAGCAGAUUCGUCCGCUAAAAGCCAGGACUCACCAGAGAACAUCACUAAUUCAAUCACUCGCCUGACAGAUCUUGCAUCGAAAAAGCUUGCUCAUCUUGAUGACUCGAGGUUGAAGAUUCGGUUGAGAUCCAAGACCUUUGUUGUCAAAGAUGGAGUGGACCAAGUCUUGGAGAUUGUCGUUGCGGCGAAGGACUUUGUAUCUGGAAUCGUGGCAUCAGAUCCUCAUGUAGCGAUCGCGUGGACGGGUGUUUGUGUUUUGCUUCCUCUCCUCUUGAACCCAAAAGCACAAUACGACGAUGCAUCAGCGGGCCUGCUUGAGAUACCGCUCAUCAUUCGUCGCUAUCAAGUCCUCGAACCUCUGUAUCAGCGUCGAAGUGCAGAAAACGAAUCCUUGAAAGGAGAUUUUGAGAGGAAACUCACUGAUCUUUACUGCACUAUAUUAGAAUAUCAAGCUAGAGCCGUCUGUCAAUGGUCUCGGGAUGCACUCCAUCAAUAUGGCCGCGAUGUCUUUAAAGCCGAUAGUUGGGCCAAGUUAUUCAAGGAGAUCAAGGAUCAGGACUCAGCAUGCAAAGAGAUUGCAACCACUUUGGAUGCCGGACUUUGGGAGAAGACGCUUCAAACCGAAAGUCGACAUCUCCAAGAAAUACUUCAAUCUUGGCAAGAAGAAGAGAGAAAGACUCUGCAAGACCUACAAGAAUCAAUGAGGAAGUUACACGGCUUGGCUGAAGAUCGGCAGACUCGACAAUUGUCGAUUGAACAGCAAAAAGAGGAAGCCGAUUGUCAUCAAUCAUUUGGACCGAUGGAUUAUAGAGACCACAAGGACCAAAACCCUUCCCGAGUUCCUGGCACCUGUACCUGGUUCCUGGAGCAUCGAAGCUUUCUUGAGUGGAAGCAAGAGACGAAUUCGGCCUUAUUAUGGGUUUCUGCAGAUCCUGGCUGUGGCAAAUCUGUCUUGAUGAAAAGUCUGGUCGAUGAAGGAUUGUUGGGGAAGGUUCAGUCCCGGCCUCGGUUUGCUACUUCUUCAAGAACGGAUUUGUCGGCCAACAAGAAUCCGUACCUCAUACAAUAUGCACUUCCAGACUUUCGGAGAGACCGACGUGCGGCAGACAACUUCAGUGUCGUUUGGGACAUACUGGUGAAGGCCGCGUCUGCUUCCGAAGCAGGUGAGCUCGUUUGUGUUCUAGACGCUUUGGAUGAGUGCGAAGAAAAGGCUCGUGAACAACUCAUCGAACACCUGAAGCGACUCUACCUGGAUCAGGAUAAAUGUCAAGGGAUGAAACUGAAAUUCCUUGUUUCAAGUCGACCCUACCCAAUUAUUGAGCGUCGCUUUCGAGCCCUGAUCAAAGAUUUUCCUAGCAUUCAUCUGAAAGGAGAGCAAGAAUCUGAUACCAUCAGCGAAGAAAUAAAUCUGGUCAUCCAAAAGCGGGUUCCGGAGAUCGCUGUGGACCCAGAAUUGUCACCUGAAGCGCAACAAAGCCUGCUCGAAAAUCUCUUGAGUGUACAAAACCGAACAUAUUUGUGGCUUCAUCUGAUCUUUGAAGCAAUCUUGAAGAGCCUCGGAGCCACUUCCGCAAAGGGCCUGGCGAAGAUCAUCAAGCAACUUCCGGAAUCAGUGGAUGAGGCAUAUGACAAGAUCCUUGCGAAAGCAUCUGAUCCACAAGUUUGCCGAAAGUUACUUCACAUCAUUCUAGCUGCGAGAGAGCCUCUAAGCAUUGCACAGGUGAAUGUGGCUUUACAUGUGGACGAAAGCGCGACUUGUGUAGAAGAUCUGGAUUUAGAGGCUGACGAAUAUUUUGAAAAGACAGUGCGUGGUUUGUGUGGUUUUUUUGUUAGUGUGGUUGGUAAAAAGGUGUUUCUCAUCCACCAAACUGCUCGAGAGUACUUGCAGGGAAACUCUCCGGAGACAUCAAAUUUGAAACACUCGUUUCCAGACUUUGAUAGUGAAACAAUUUUUGCAAGGUCAUGCAUUGUGUACCUUCAAUACGCCGACUUCAGGCUCGAGCGCCCAUCACAAAGUAAUGAUGAUGACGAGGAAGUUAUCGAUUGUGCAGAUGAGAAUAUAGACAUUGACGAAGAACUCGACACUUCGCAAGCGUUUAGCAAGGUCCAUUUCGAACCGCCGCUCGCUCUGCAAAUCAAAUCCCUCGCAGAUAAAUAUCCAUUCUUUGGCUACGCCGCGAUCAAUUGGGCGGCUCACUUUGAAGUAUCAGCCAAAAUCGAGCUUCUAAAAGUAGCAAUGCCCCUUUGCGAUCCAAAGUCCGAAAUCUUUCUUGCUUGGUUCAACUACUACAUAUACAUGCCGCGACCUGCGAUCUUCCUCGCACCAGAUGCUGAAAUAUCAUCAUUAAUGGUGGCUGUUAGAUUGUCUUCGGGUAUACUAAUUGAGAAAUUCUUAUCUGAAAUCAACCACACGACGACAAGCGGGGUGACAGCUUUAAUGAUUGCGGCGUAUUCCAGUACCGCUGAAUGUUUUGCAAAACUUUUUCAAAGCGGUGCUAACGCGGAGGCAUCCGAUAGAGACGGUUGGCGUGCGAUCCGUUAUGCCAUCUGUGCUGGCUCCCAUGCGAUCACAUACCCACUCGUUACGCAGGGUGUUGAUUUGAACUGCGCUUCCAAAGAUGGUACUCCACUCGUUCUGACGGUCUAUGGUGGCCACAACAAAAUCGUACAACACCUGUGCAAACACGGAGCACGAAUUAAUGAGGUUUCCAGGGGUCGCACAGCUACAGAGACUGCGUUGUGUGCAGCGGUUCGCUGGAAUCAUCUCGAUGUCGCGAAGACAUUAUUGGAACUUGGUGCAGAUCUUACACAAGAGUUUGAUGGAAGCAAUGUCUUCGAGUUCGCGAUCUCGACGUCAAAUAUGGAGGCAUUGAAGCUCUUGCUUCAGCACAAACCGGAGCUAUACCUCGAAGCUCCAAGACUUGCACUCACAGCUGCUAUUAAGUACGGAGAUAGCAAAGCGGUAAAAAUUAUCCUCUGGUAUACCAACUUGACACCAUCUCUAUUACAUGCCGCGCAAGAAGACAUAGUUCGGAUUCUUCAAGAGGGUCUACAAUCUAAGGCUUCGAGGGAGGAAAAAGAACGCUUGGAUCGCUUGCCUGAGAUUGGUCACUUGAUCGAUAUAUUUUUAUCAAGUAAAACUAUCAUCGAUAAUAACAAUGAGUUAGAUGACUUAUCCGAGAUGACGGCACCCCACAAACCAAGAGACCUGAAAUUAUAUGGCGAAUCUCGAAUGCUGAAUAUACGAACUUUUUGGGAUGAACUUUGGCUACUCGACUGA